AUGUCCUCCUCCUCCUCCUCCGCCGCCGCCGCCGCCGCCUCUCCCGCCCCGCCGGCCCCCUCCGGGACGCCGCUGUCGCCCACCCGCAUCUCCCGGCUGCAGGAGAAGGAGGAGCUGCGGCACCUCAACGACCGCCUGGCCCACUACAUCGAGCGGGUGCGCGCCCUCGAGCUCGAGAACGACCGACUGCUGCUGCGCGUCUCCGAGAAGGAGGAGGUGGUCACGCGAGAGGUGACCGGAAUCAAGGCCCUCUAUGAGUCGGAGUUGUCGGACGCCCGGAGAGUCCUCGAUGAGACGGCCAGAGAGAGAGCCAAGCUCCAGAUCGAAAUAGGGAAACUGCGGUCAGAGCUGGACGAGCUCAGUAAGAGCUAUAAGAAGAAAGAUGGCGAGUGGUCCACGUCUCAGGGACGCAUCAAGGAGCUGGAAGUCCUCUUCCAUCGGAGCGAAGCGGAACUCACGGCCACCCUGACCGAGAAGCGGAACCUGGAGGCCGAGGUGGCCGACCUCCGUGCCCAACUGGCCAAGUCGGAAGACGCCCAUGCUGUGGCCAAGAAGCAGCUGGAGAAGGAGACCCUCAUGCGGGUGGACCUGGAGAACCGCUGCCAGAGCCUGCAAGAGGAGCUGGACUUCAGGAAGAGCAUUUUUGAGGAGGAGGUGCGGGAGACGCGGAAGUGGCACGAGCGCCAGCUGGUGGAGGUGGACAGCGGCCGCCGGCAGGAGUACGAGUCCAAGGUGGCCCAAACCCUGGAGGACUUGCGCAGCCAACAUGACGAGCAGGUCCAGCUGUACAAGCAGGAGCUGGAGCACACCUACCAGGCCAAGCUGGAGAACGCCAGGCUCUGCUCCGACCAGAACGACAAGGCCGCCAGCGCUGCUCGGGAGGAGCUGAAGGAGGCCCGCGUGAGGAUCGAGUCCCUCAGCUACCAGCUGUCUGGGCUGCAAAAGCAGGCGAACGCGGCCGAAGAGCGGAUCCGGGACCUGGAGGAGCUGAUGGGAAGCGAGCGGGAGAAGCUGCGGAAGCUGCUGGAGGCCAAAGAGCGGGAGAUGACCGAGAUGCAGGACCAGAUGCAGCAGCAGCUGCUGGAGUACCAGGAGCUGCUGGACGUCAAGCUGGCCCUGGACAUGGAGAUCAGCGCGUACCGGAAGCUGCUGGAAGGAGAAGAGGAGAGGCUGAAGCUGACUCCCAGCCCCCCGUCCCGCAUCACGGUGUCGCGGGCCACCUCCUCCUCCUCUGCUGCCGCCACCAGCAGCAGCGCCUCAGUCACUCGCUCGGGCCGGGGGAAGCGGAAGCGCCUAGCAGCCGAAGAGUUCUCCGGAAGCUUCUCCAGCGGGAUUGGCACCGGCGCCGGCAGCAGCAGCAGCUUCCAGAUGAGCCAGGAGGCCUCGGCCAAAGGCAGCGUCAGCAUCGAGGAGGUGGACCCGGAGGGGAAGUACGUUCAGCUGAAGAACCGCUCCGACCAGGAUCAGUCUCUUGGCAACUGGAGGCUGAAGAGGAAGAUUGGAGACGGAGCUGAGAUCGCGUACAAAUUUACCCCCAAAUACGUCCUCCGGGCCGGGCAGAUGGUCACGAUCUGGGCUGCUGAUGCUGGCGUGGCCCACAGUCCGCCCUCCGUCCUCGUGUGGAAGAACCAGAGCAGCUGGGGCACCGGAGCCAAUGUCCGCACCUACCUGGUGAACUCGGAGGGAGAGGAAGUUGCAGUGAGAAGUCUGACCCAGUCAUCUGCUCUGCUGCCGGAGAACGAGGAGGAAGAUGAGGCGGAGUUCGGGGAGGAAGACCUCUUCCAUCAGCAGGGGGAUCCCAGGACAACGUCCAGAGGAUGCGCCGUCAUGUGAAACGAAGCCCCCUCCUCAGCCCGUCUUUCCUCCUUCCCCCUUUUGCUCUUAUUUUUCUUUUGCCCAGAGCCAUUGAAAACUAUUUUUAUAA